AUGGCAUUCUCAAUCUCAGAGAACUCCCCUCCGAGGGUUCCGACGACUUCAUUCACCGCCGAAACUGCGAGAAUAAGUUCUACUUCAGACUCUCCAAUUGUAACUCCAUCUACUCCUUCUGAUCCACUUCCUCUGCGCAGCUGCACAUUUUGCCGCCAGCGGAAAGUCAAAUGCGAUCGUCAGAAGCCCUGCAGCAACUGCCUCCGCGCCAAUAAUGACUGUUCCUAUCCCGCUGGUCGUGGUAGAGCUGCUAAAAGAUAUACUCGAACUCUGGAUACUCGUCUUGUUGAUCGGCUCCAUAAAUUGGAAAACGUCAUCAAGCAACUCACUACUGAGGUCGAUGCCACAGACAAUGCUAUUCGAUCUGGCAGCGGUGCAGAUCGAGAUGAUAUUGAACCGUCUACAGGUGGUGGAGGAGAUUAUCCUUCGGGACUAGACAAUGCUGCCCCUCAUGCUUCCAUCGACCAGCAGCUUGGUCGUCUGAUGAUAGAUGAUAGCAAGAGCUACUACGUCAGCAACAUUCUAUGGGCCAACCUAGGAAACGAAAUAGAAGAAUUGCGUGACAUGCUACACGAUCCUUUAUCUGAAGACGAAAUCGAUAAUGGUAUCGACGCAUCUGGGCCUAUGCCAGAAGUGGCCUCACCUCUUGGAACAAGCGCUUCAGUCCUAGGAUAUCGUUCCCUCUGUCAUUCUCUUCUUAACUAUCAUCCACCCAUGCACGUAUCUGUCACUCUCUUGAAUAUCUUCAUCGAGAAUGUCCUUCCAUUAGUUCAUAUCUUCCAUAUGCCGACUACCGAGCAGUGGUUUUGGGAUUCUAUUGUCUCACUCGACACACUCGAUAGAAACGCAGAAGCCUUGCUAUUCGCUAUAUACUACUCAUCAGUCAUUAGCAUGGAUGACAGCCAGUGCUCGGAAGUCCUUGGGGAGUCACGUUCUACCUCGCUAAACAAGUUUCGCUUCGCAGUCGAGCAAGCUAUGGCCCGCGCAAACUUGCUGAAUACACAGAGCCUCGUGCUCCUCCAGGCAGCUGUUCUGUUCCUCUCAGGGCUGCGCAACGAAGAUGAUUCCAGAACGACAUGGUCCCUAACGUCGCUUGUUUUUCACAUCGCCCAAGCUAUGGGUCUACAUCGCGACGGCACGACCUUUGGUUUCAAGCCAUUCGAUACCGAACUACGGCGGCGGCUAUGGUGGCAUAUAUGUCUGCUAGACAUGCGCUCCUCGGAGUUUCACGGAUACGAACCUAUAGUACGAGAGGACAUGUUUGACACAAAGCUUCCCCUCAACAUCAAUGAUAGCGAUCUCACCCCCCAUAUGACGGAGGUUCCUGUAGAGCAUGAGGGAUGUACUCAGAUGACGUUCUGUCUGAUCCGUUGCGAGGUGAUGAAAGCCGGCUGGAAGGUUGGAUAUGCAUCACCGACUCCAAGCUCGACAGCCAGUGCAGCACGAGGUGAUGAUGAACUAAUCGUUCAAGAACUCAAGCGCCGGUUAGAGGAGCGUUAUCUGCGUCACUGCGAUGAAUCCGUGCCAUUCAUGCUGUUUACAUCGAAGGUCGCCCGACUCAUCGUUGCCCGUACAGGGCUCAUUGUUGACUUUCCAAGGAAGCAGAAGGAAGCAGAAGCGUCGACAAACAUUCGAGACCGACUAUCUUCCAUCUCAAUGGAAGUCCUUGAACUUUCCAGUUUUAUCAUGACAAACAGCAGUAUCUCGAAGUGGACAUGGCACUCCAAAGCGCAUAUCCAGUGGCAUGCUGUCAUCUUUGUGCUGUCCGAGAUCUGCUCCCGGCCAGCUUCCACGGAAUGCGACCGAGCAUGGGAGUUUAUCAACACGGUUCAUAAUCGAUGGAACAUGAACGAGAGGGGCAAGAGAGGGAACCUCUGGAGGCCGAUUCAGAGACUCAUGGUCAAGGCUCGUUAUGUACGUGAGAUGCAACAGUUGGAUCCGGGUUUUUAUCUUGCUGGAAGAAUGGCUAUGCCUGAUGCGACACCCAUUCAGACUGGAAGUGUUGGGUUGCAGAAGGAAACUUCAAGUUCAUCCGAUAUGACUGACAUAGCGAGCCCGAAUGGGUACAUGGAUUGGAUGCUUGGAGAUCUUGGGAUAGACCUCUACGGUGGAAUUGCAAACGGACCCAGCUGGGGCUAG